ACUCAGAAGAGGAAAGAGAAGACAAAAGGAAGAUGAUUGAGGCAGAGAGAAUAGCUUUGCAAAAGCGACUCCAGCUGAAGGGAAGAAUGAAAGGGAUGAAGAACAGUGAGGUGUGGUGGCCCAAGGAGAAAAAGUUGAUUGGGAAGAUAGCAAUUCAGAACUUUAUACAACUUUUGCCAAGUUCCUCUACCAUCCUCAAGAGCCCAGACAUAGAAGACCAUGUCAACAGGCCAAAGAAGAGACAUAUGGACCUUCAGGAACAUCUGAACCAGAAAUUUGUGGGGCAGAAGGGGAAAGCAAAUAGAAAGGAAAGAAAAUGCAAGGGAAGAGGUAACGUCAGCAAUUCAGAAGAGGAAGACCAAGCUGAGAAGAACAAAAUUAAAAGAAUAGACAAGAAACAGAAAUUAGGGAUUGUCAGAGUUCUAAGAAGGAGAAGCAUUUGUUUCCAAAAGAUGACACUUGGAGACCUGCACCCACUGUAUACCCCACGCCCCUGCAGAAUCUAUCUGCUCACACUUGAAGGCACCCACACAGAGACAGCCACUAUCACCAAUGGAGAUAGACAGUACAGUCUUGACUCAGAAGAGAGAGAGAAAGUCACUCUUGAAGGGAGACUGAUGACACAGCUUGUGCAAAAGGGCGAGAAAACUACAAUACAGGAGACAUUCCCAAAAGUCAAAGAAAUGACUCUGAGUGUUCCAAAUCGUUUCCAUGGAUGUUGGAUUAUCUGUCAAGAAGGAAAGAACCUGAAUACAUUCAAAAAGCUACAGGCCACAUAUCAACAGCAACUCCUAAAGCAGAGAGAACUUACACCUGAUGGGGAGAGUACUGACCCUAAGAUCUGGAAAGGGUCAACCAAGACAACAGCAAUAGUUUCAAAUGAGAAAGUCAUUGGAGCAGCAAGUGAAAACCUUCCUCCUGCUGAGAAAAAGAAGACUUUGUCAGCACAUGAUUUGGUGAGAUUUGGUUCCAGGACCCUCGUGGGGGCCAGAAUAGCAAGGGAGGAAGAGAUGGGAGCAGUUCGAGUCAAGAAGGAGAAAGAGAAUAAACCUAUCAUUUUAACACACAACUUGGUGAGAUUCAGCUCAAGAACCAUAGUAGGGGCCAUAAAAGCAUCAGCUGUCACUGAAUGGGAAGAGGUAUCUGGCACCCAACAUGAGAAGAAGAAUAUUUCUCCCUUCAUGGACCUGAAGAAAAGUUGGAAUCAUGCAUCUGAUGGAGAUGAAUCUGAUGACCCUCCGAUGGAGGUGCUCAUAGGUUUUUCCUUUGGGAAUUCCCUUGGGAUAUGAAGGUUAACUCAGAUUCUAAAGGGAAGAAAGGAAUAAACUUCCAAUAUACAACAAUCCUAAGAUGGGGAAAAAAAUCUCAGUUAUGAAUAUAGCUAUGUAUAAAUCUUGUAUAUGUGAUUAUUCUCUAGCAAAUGACAUUACUCUCCAAUGUGACAUCAUCUACUUUAAAUCUCAGGAAAUCAGGGGGAGAGGCACAUGGUUUUUCAUGCCUCAGAAGUAACUUGCCCCUCCUCUAAGUUAAUGGUUUCUAAUCAUUUUUGAUUGUACACCCUUAUCAGUAAAAAAAAUUUGAGCAUG